AAUCGAAUUCUUCGUGGAAGAUGUUCGGAUGAAGAACGUGAUGCUUAUCAAGACAUUUAUAAUGCUUUAGACAAAUUAGCUCUAAAAUAUGAUGAUGACGAUUAUGAUUCGUUAAGUAUGGAAGUCAUAGAUAUUACCUCCAAGUGGGCAAGUGAAUUCAAAAAUACCAUGAUUAAUUUUGCUAAAGGAGUGUUUUCAAAGAAAUUGGAAUUGGAAGAAGAUGUGGUAGAAGAAUGUAAGAGUGUUAUUCAAGAAUCUCAAAACAAUACCAUUCUUAAAUGGAUUAUCUCUGAAAGUUCCGUACCCUCCUUGGGUCAAUGGGUAGAAAAUUUAGAGUCGUGA